CCCCGGCGGCUUAUGGUGGCUGCUGUGCUGCAGGCAAGGCUUCACCUUGCUGCGACGUGACUACUGUGAAGCGAGCAAGGGGGUAGCCAGUGAAGAAGUUGAAGAAUCAUUUGAAUUACGCAGGCAAGGCGAUGAGUGUCUUUUCCACUCAUGAUAAUAAAGACAUUUACAUCAUGCCUGUUUUCAGAAGUGCAUCUUUCUAUUCGUCCUCAGUCUUUUUUCCCCUACUUUCCCUCCCUAUAUGUUCAUGUAACUGUCAAUAGCAAAGCAUGCCAUUCUUUCUCAUCUAGAAUGAAAAUAUUAAAAAUCAGUUAGAUGGCAUUAACAAUUACAAGCUCGGUGGUGUCUCAGUGUUCUGGGGAACUGGAACGUAAGAAUUGUGGUUGGGAAACAUGAAAAGCACUAUGUAACUGCAAAAGGUUUCAAGCAAGAACAUCAUAUUAGAGUAUAAAAUGUUUUAUAGUCCUUGCUAAGCGCCUCAGACAUAAUUUAAACCAUAUUUUGGAGUUGAUAAUCCAGCCAUAUCUGCAAGCCAGAACACAAUUUUUAGAAGUGAAUUAUGAAGGGAAAAUUAAUUUUUGCAAUUGUUUCCUAGAUACUUUUAUUUUUUUCAGUUCUGAUGUUGCUUAAUCUUUCCGUGCUCUGUUGAUGGUUGCUAGUCUCCCUGCCUUAGAGGAUCAUGAUGAUCUAUGCCAACUUGGGCCAAGUUACAACAGGUGUUAAAAUGCCACAGGACAGUUGGUGUCCCGUCCAUUACUCAAUACCUGUUGCAGUAGCUCCCUACUUUUUGCUAUUCAGUUUGACUUUAUAUAUAGUCUCUCCCUCCCCUCCUCUUGUUCUCUCUCUCAUUCUCUCUCUCUCUCUCUCUUCCUUCCUCCCCUCCCUGCAGCUUAGAUUUUUAUUUGGGGCACCUUUGUGGGGACUACAAAGUUUUAGAUCCUACAAUUCCACCAAACUCACACAACUGCAUCUCAAACUUGCUUACAUUUUUUGCCAACGUUAGGGGAUUUGCAUGAAUUAGGUACGUGAGACUAUAGUUUCCUGUCUUCUGUUAGGACUUGUCUGCUCCUUCACCUUCUCCCCUUGCAGGGGAAGGGAGCUUUAGCUACAAUAGGACUUUUUUUUUUUUUUUUUUUUUGCUGUAUCUUACCCAACAGAGUGCUUGUGCAAUUCUGAAGGGACUGCAGCCCAACACCGAGGUCGGCUGAGGAUACAGGAACUUGUUCAGCUGCUGCAGCUUGCAGGAUGUGAGAAGGUUGAUCAGCCAGACUCUGGCUUGGGAGGGGCAAUAGUGCAGACUAGGCAGCCUGAGAAAGCAGCAAAUUAAUAAUUUACUUCCUUGAAGGGUUGGGAGGCAUCCUGCCUGUAUGAAUAUUAUUUAUGCAUUCCUAUUUUCUGUUUAAAUAGCCUCUUACUUUUGAAUAUAUAAAUUUUGAAAUUGCAAGGUAACAUAUUAUCUAUCUUUGAAUUCUAAUUUCUAACUCUUCCAGAGUGCCUUCUGCCCUCAUUCUCCUUAAAUCUAACUCUCAUGCCUUUUUAUGUUCAAUUCUGAAUGAAUCCUGAUGACAUUCCUCUUCUUUCUCUUUCUCUCUCUAUUCACCCCAUUUCUCCCAGGACUCUUCCUUACAAGUGAACCUCACUCAACCCAGUCGUGCUAGCAGUUGUUCUGAAAGGUCUUUGCCAGUGACUGAAGAGACAUACAGUCUUAUCACAGAGAACUGUGGAAGGAUGCAACAUGAACCUGAUGCUAUUCUGAAAGGCUGGUUGCAGAGAGAGGUCCGAGGAGGUAUUAAAAAGCCCUGGUUGCGUCCUCGCAAAUACUGGUUUGUGUUAACAGAGGAUUCCCUAGACUACUAUAGUGGGUGUGAAGUGACCGCCCAGCGGCUUGGAUCCCUUGUUCUCACCAGCCUCUGCUCUGUGCUGUGGCCUGACAAGCAAACCUAUAAGGAGACAGGCUAUUGGGCAGUGACAGUUUUUGGCAGAAAGCACUGCUACCGACUCUAUACAGAACACUUAAAUGAAGCUGUACACUGGGUUUGUGCUUUGCAGAAGGUUAUCAUCAGCAAGGCCCCUUUGCAGACCCCCACACAGCUGCUCAUGCAUGACAUUGAGGAGAACCACAACAGCCCAGAAAUCUUGGAUCAAAUUUAUCGCAAUAAUCCCAUCCUACGUUAUACAGCUGGUCCAAUUUAUGCACCUCUUCUGCCCUUCCCUUAUGCAGCUCAGGGUGGCCAAGGUUAUGCAGGACUUCGUGACGAAGCUGUCAAACUCUUCCAUUCACUACAACAGCUUGAAGAAUUGCAAGAUCCAAUCCUUCUCAUGCAGGGAGUGCUGCAAACUUGCCAUGACCUUCCAGCCCUGGUGGAUGAAAUAUUCUGCCAACUGGUGAAACAGACAACAGAGCCACCUAUUCCAGGGGCACCCACAGAUUUGCGCUAUUGGCAGCUGCUUGUGUGCAUGAGCUAUACUUUUAUACCUUCUGUGCCUAUACUCUGCUAUUUGCAUCUGCAUCUGCAGCGGAUGGAGAAACUGUUCCCAAGAUCAGCAGUGACCCACUAUGGACAUUUAAUCACACAAGCCCUGCACAAAAGCAAAGGACGGGAGUGUGUGCCCUCUUUGGAUGAGAUUGCAACACUAAUAGAAAGCCCGGAAAUCCCACACUCCACACAUUGUCCUGGUACUACCACCUGUUAUGUGGCCAUCACAUCUAAUGUUACAGCCCAGAAGCCUUAUCCCAGAUGUCUCAAGAACUGGUGUUGCAUUUGGGUGUGACCUGUAUCCCCAAUUCACUUAUCUUCCACAUGGAGAAUUGGCAGUAUAAGCAACCCUGUUCAAAGAAUGUAUUAAAUAGUUUUAUCAGGAUCUUUUUUGUUAGGGCAUUGUCUGUUGGACUUUGGAUCUUCUUUGGCCAAACAAUAAGAAGAGAAGCAAGAACAUCUUCCCAGUGGUACCCUGAAAGCUAUUUUUCUGACAUGUGCCAUCAUGAACAUCAUGAAAUGAAGUAUGGGACAACUGAAGGUCAUGGAAGCCACUUUGAACAAGUCUGGA